CAGCCUCGCACCUCAACGAGAACUCGACAACACCAACAACACUCUUUACAUUUCAUCUCGAAGCACAAGAUGAAGGCUUACAUAGCAGUACCAGUUACCCUGGCUAUGGUAUAUCGAGCUUGGUCGCAUCAGUCACUAACGCCUGCUGGCAUCGUUGCCGCAGCAUUAACAGCAACUGCGCAUGCUGUCCACCCUUGGAGUCUACCUUUCGCACUGCUAAUCGUGUUCUUCUUGGCUGGGACGAGAGUCACAAAGGUCAAGCAUGAUGUUAAGGCAAAGUUGACAGUGCAAGCUUCUGGGAGCGCAGGAGGUGAGGGUGCAAGAACACACAUUCAAGGCCAGUAUUCACUCUCUUCCUAUCUUCGAAUCCUCGCCAAUUCCGCCGUUGCCUCUGUCCUUACCCUUCUCCACGCAUAUCAACUCCGUCAGCGAGAGCAGAACCCAAGCGCAUGUUACUCUUGGCCUGGCGAUAUAUUGGUCGUCGGAAUAGUUGCAAAUUAUGCUGCUGUAGCGGCAGAUACUUUCUCUUCAGAGCUCGGCAUAUUAUCAAAGUCAAAGCCUAGACUCAUCACAUCUCCCACGCUCCGAGAAGUGCCUCCGGGAACAAAUGGUGGGGUUACAGCUUAUGGGCUGGCCGCAGGGUUAUUGGGCUCGUUGGUCAUUGUCACAACCUCUGUGUUGUUGAUCCCAUUCUGCUCGCCGAAAUCGGGAGUUCUAGGUUUUGGUGGUACUGCGGGCUGGUCAUUUCUCGAUAGACAACGUUUCGCGUUUGCGAUGACAAUUUGGGGAGCUCUAGGUAGUGUCUUGGAUAGCUUCUUGGGCGGGUGGCUACAACAGAGCGUCGUGGACACGCGAUCAGGUCGAGUCGUUGAGGGCGAGGGAGGAAAGAGGGUUCUUGUCUCUAAAGGAGGACCCAACAGCAUGCAUUACAAGAAAAGGGCGGAGCUCAAGGCCAAGCUACUUCAUGGUGAUGGCAAGGAUGCGUUGGAGAUUCAACCUGCAAGUGAUGAAUCCUCUAUCUCAGCUCAAAUCGAGGAAGCACUGAAUCACAAAAUGGGAGGAUCAGACAAGUACGACCCAAAGAAGAAAUUUCGGAAGCCAAGUUUUGGAGACGAGAAACCGAGUCGUGUUGUCGAAAGUGGCACGUUAGCCCUGCUCGACAAUAAUGAAGUCAACUUUUUGAUGGCAUUGACGAUGAGCUUGGGGGCAAUGGGUGUAGCGAGCUGGUUCUGGGAUGUACCAUUUAGAAGUAUUUUCCCAGCAUAGAUCUUAAUGACGAUUCAAAGCACAGGAGACCUCAUUUGAAGAAAAGCAUACUAUUAUACGAAGUACGAGCUACCUAUUCAAAAC